AUGAGCUUAGAGAAUGAAGACACGCACUCACCAGAUCAGCCUACUGAAACGGAUAACGAAAUUCAAAAGAAGUCGAAAAUAUCAUAUACGAGAGAAUUCCUACUGUCGUUUUGUGAAUUAGAUAUCUGCAAGAAGUUGCCAAGUGGGUUCGACCAGUCAAUUAUAAGUGAGUUCGAGGAUGCUUUCAAAGAUCGGCAAAGGAUAUCUAGUGGUUUGUCAUCACAUAGUUUCAGGCGAAAUGAGUAUGGUUCGUCCCCACCCACGAGAGGGGAUGUAGCCGGUUAUUCGCGGGCAAUCCCUGGAAGGUGGGAAAGUCGUUCCACUGGACGGAGUGAUAAAGAUAGUGACUCGCAAUCUGAUAGGGAUUCAGAUUCUGGAAGGCAUUAUGGGAAGCGGUCUUGGCAGGUUCCUGAGCAUGAUGGACUACUCGGAAGUGGUUCCUUUCCAAGACCUGCUGGGUUUACUGCAGGGAUAUCAGCACCAAAAGUUCGACCUAAUGAUGCGUACCAGCUCAAUAAAACAAACGAGCCAUAUCACCCUCCCCGCCCGUACAAGGCAGCACCUCACUCGCGGAGGGAGAUGACUGACUCAUUGAAUGAUGAAACGUUUGGUUCGUCUGAGGUUACAAGUGAGGAUAGAGCAGAAGAGGAAAGAAAGAGAAGAGCUUCGUUUGAAUUGAUGAGAAAAGAACAGCAGAAAGCAUUUCAAGAAAAGCAGAAGCUGAAGCCAGAGAAGAACAAAGGUGAUUUUGACUUUGCCACACUGUUGGAUGAUUCCAAAGAUGAGAAGAGACUUUUGCAUAGAAGCAGUGAAAUAGAAGAGCCUCUUAUACCACCAGUUUCAAAUAAUGAUGCUGAAAAGUCUACUUUUCUCUUGCAAACUCCUGCACCCAGACCUCUUGUACCCCCAGGUUUUGCAAGCACAGUCUUGGAAAGAAAUCUUGGAGCAAAGUCCUUGAGCCAUCCCCAUGAAGUGGAGGUUGGGAGUUCUGAACUUGAUGAAAAUAUUUUGCAUACCAAAAGUAAACUUGUUUUAAAUGGGACUUCUGAUAAUCAAGUGGAGAAACAAUCAGCUGAACAAAUGGUGUUGGGCAAGCAGCAACAUGGAAGUGCAAGUACUCAUGCCUCGGUUGAUAGCAUGAGUGAGAAGAAUCCAAAUUUGUCACCACCCCAAGGUGCCUAUAAUAAGAUGAUUGGCAUUGAUAGUCAAUUAUACGAUACAUCGAAUACAUCGCAAGAUUUAGAAGCCUCAAAAAAUAGUGAAGUGAUUGAUCUCAAUGCUGAAAAGCUGGCCGGGAAUAAGAUUGUUGGUGAAUCCAAUGAAGGUCAUUCUACAUCAAUACUGGAAAAGCUCUUUAGCAGUGCUGGAGCAUUAAACGGUGUUGGCUCCUCUAAGAUAAGUGAGCAUCAUGAUAGUAAAGCAGAUGAGACAUGGAGCCCUGACACUGUCCAGUCUUCCAAGUUUGCUCAUUGGUUUCAUGAAGAAGAAAAGAAAUCGGGUGAUGAUCUCUCAUCUGGAAGGCGAAAUGACUUACUUUCAUUGAUCGUUGGUGGUGAAAAAGGUGGACCCCACAUUUCUGAUGGGAUACAUGAUCACAGUCUUCCUACUUUUUCUUCCCAAAACUCUGAACCGGCAGACAGGCUUAUGACAUCAGAUUUAGUAUCUCCAACAGUUGGUAACACCAAGCAACCAUUUAAAAAAAAUAAACCAGAGGCAGUUUCGGCGGUCCUUACUUGUGAAGACCUUGAACAAUCGAUUCUGUCUGAAAUUAGUGAAAGUGGUCCAGACUUGCAGCCCCCUGUUCAAAGGUGGGCUUUACCUGGUAAAAAGCCCGAGCAGCUGAAAGCUAAUGUCGAUAAUCAUGCGUCCCAGCACCUACUUUCACUGUUGCAGAAGGGAACAGGCUUGAAAGAUAUGGAACCAUCCCCUAAUCAAGAAACAACAUUUUUUGAAAAAUUACAUGACAUUGAAGGAACAACUAUUGGCAGUGCAGUUCACAGUUCAAAAGAGGACAAUGCUGAAAAUGCUUCUGAUUCAGGGAAGAGUCUGACUCUUGAAACACUCUUUGGAACUGCUUUUAUGAAAGAGUUACAAUCAGUCGGAGCUCCGGUUUCUGUUAAAAGGGGCCCAAUUGGGUCUGCAAGGGUAGAUGUUGUAGAGCCUCAGGGGUUACCUUUUCCCGUGAUAGAUAACAGUCCUCUUCCAUCUGCAAAUGAAAUUGGACCGAACACAACUAGCCAUAGUAGUAAUGACUUGACAGCACAUAGAAGGAAGCAAACAAAAUCAGAUAAGAUAGAAGAGCGGUUGCUAGGCUUUGACAAUCCUCAAAUUGAACUAGGUUCAUCACAGGUCGGAACGGACUUGGGGUCUAAGAUUGGUGUCUUUGAUGGGCCUGCCGAUUUUCGACUUCCUGAAGAGGAUAGCUUGAUUACAGUCAGUGAACCAUUGAACAUCCAAAAUUUUAUGUCUUCUGGGAAUCUAGUGAAAAACAAAUUGUUCUCCUCCCCAAACACACAAGUUGACAUUGCUGAAAAAUUGGCAGCUAUGAAUUCGGCCUUUAAAGAUGAAAGGAGUAUCAUGGUAAGCCAAGAAGGUCCGCCUUUUCUUCGUGGUCCUUAUGAUAUGAGAGAGCCUGAUCUCCCAUAUCAGAACCUUCAUGUUCAGCCAUCAUCUCAACAGCUCCAUCAUCCUCAGUUGAAUCAUGGGGGUUCCUUGUUCCAUCAAUUAGAUUCUCAUCCCGCUAAUAUCAAUUCUCAGAUGAAUUUUAUGGCGCCAGAGGGCAUUAUCCGAAGUGAUCCUCCACCAAACCAUCAAUUUCAUGCAAAUAUGGUUCGUCCACCUUUUCAUCAUGCAAACGCCGGGCAAUCUGGGUUUGAUGCUCAUGCCCAUCACCCUAUGUUGCAACAGAUGCACCUACCAGGCAACUUUCCUCCACCUCACCUGCUACAAGGAUUAUCCAAUGCUCAACCCCUGCCUCCUCAUCCCAACCGGGGUGCACCUCUUCCUGCUCAUCCAAGCAGUCAGGUGAAUAGUUUUAUGCAAGAAAUGAACCCAAUGCCAGGUUUUCCUUAUGGUCCCCGGCAGCCCAACUUUGGUGGUCAUGGAAUGCCGUCACCUGCUCCUGAUGUUGCUGGUGGAAGCAACCAUCCAGAGGUACUCCAAAGGCUCAUGGAGAUGGACUUAAGGUCAAAUUCGAAACAGAUUCGCCCAUUUGCUGCUGGUGGACAUACUCAAGGGAUGUACGGACAUGAACUUGACAUGGGUUUCGGGUACAGGUAG